CAUUACUUUAGGAUCUUGCUCUCUCCUUCCCGCAAAACACCCAAUCUGUGUCAAAUUAGUCUUCUUUCUCUCCCUCUCGCGGCAGAAAGAAAAAGCGGAAGGAUUGCGAUAUAGACGAACGUUGCGGUGAUUCUCACCAUCGACGGCAACGCUGUUACAGCUCAUCUCCCGAUCGAAUCAGGUAUCAAGCUUUUAUUUUGGGAAAUUGGCAUGUGCUGAUUUUGGAAGGGGUUGUUUGAUUUCAAUGGAGUUAUUUGAUUCUCUGGGUUGCUUGGCCGAAAUUGUGAAUAUGGUGGGUAAAAUGCAAUGCUAAUGAUAUUCCGAUGAAAAUCUGGCUAUUGGGUUUUUGUAAAAGGACCAUCGUUGUUAGCAAUGGGUGUGAGCUACUUAGCAAUCUCUGCGGUGUCUACUGUUUUUAGCUUCGUGGGUCUUCAAUAUUGGUCAGAGUUUUCACUAGAUAAACUGCAAUCGAAUGGGUUGACCAGUGAGAAUUUGAUUAACUUGGAGAAAGCCAACCACGCCUUUGAGCUGCUUUUGGGUUCUUAUGUAACUACUGCUUUGUUGGCAAAUUUUAUGCUCAAUGUAUUUGUUCUACUCAUUCUUUGUCUUAAGAAUAUAUUUUUUGUAGAGUUGUAUCCUUCAGAAACUCGAAAACUGGUGGAGCGUCUCAUCAAUUAUGUUAUUUACAAGGGGACAUUUCUGCCGCUGGUUAUUCCUCCAACAAUUUUUCAAGCUGGCGUUUGGGCAAUCUGGUUGUCUGUUCUAUGUUUUCUGAAGAUGUUUCAAGCUUUAGCUAGAGAUCGACUUGAGCGCUUGAAUGCGUCUCCUUCUGCUACACCAUUGAUGUAUUUUCGCGUGUACUCAGUAUUGCUGUUGGUCCUCUCUGUUGACUUCUUCUGGAUAAGGCUAUGUCUGGAAAUUUACCGAAAUUUGGGUUCAGCCAUUUGUCUGUUAUUAUUCUUUGAGCCUUUCAGCAUUGCCUUCGAGACCAUGCAGGCCAUGCUGGUCCAUGGAUUUCAGUUGCUUGAUAUAUGGCUUCAUCACGUUGCAGGGAACAGCAUGGAUUGCCAAACAUCCAAAUUUUUGGAUACAUCAGCAGCAGGUUCAUUGUUGGAAUGGAAGGGCUGUCUUAUCCGGAAUUUGGGCUUUUUCUUGGACAUGGCAACUUUGUCUACAGCACUUGGUCAUUACUUGUAUAUUUGGUGGCUUCAUGGCAUGGCAUUUCAUCUAGUGGAUGCAGUUCUUUUCCUGAAUAUACGUGCCUUGUUAAGUGCCAUCUUAAAGCGCAUCAGAGGGUUUAUCAAACUGAAAAUAGCUUUAGGGGCUCUUCAUGCUGCACUUCCUGAUGCGACUUCAGAAGAGUUACGGGCAUAUGAUGAUGAAUGUGCAAUCUGUAGGGAACCUAUGGCUAAGGCUAAAAGGCUACACUGCAGUCAUCUAUUCCACCUAGCGUGUCUGAGAUCUUGGUUGGAUCAAGGUCUGAAUGAGAUUUAUUCAUGUCCCACUUGUCGAAAGCCACUUUUCUUUGGAAGACCUGAGGUGGAAGCAAAUCCUCGUAGUAGUGAAGCUUUUAAUGAUGAGCAGCUUGCUCGUCAAUUAAGUGCAGGAAUUGAUCGGCAAAACAUUCCUGGACACACCUUACAUGCUGGGGUUUUCCCGAAUCAGACUCAGAACGAUAUAGAAGGCACUUCUUGGAGAACUGCUGGGUUGGAUUCAAGUUGGUUGCACACAUGGCCAAGCCAGGGUGUUGAUGCUGCCGGCCCUUCCACUGCUGUCAGUUCAGUUGGACUGGGGAGAGUUCAGAUGAUGAUGAGACAUCUUGCCUCUGUUGGAGAGAUGAGAAAUCUUGCUUCUGUUGGAGAAACUUAUGCGCAGACUGCUCUUGAAGAUGCUGCUUGGAGCCUUUGGCCAAUGAAUCCCUCUCAGGCUACUACAGCUGCUUCACCUACUACACCUGCCGUCGGUGGAAGGUAUCCUGGAGGCACUGGAGGUCUACAUAUGAGGACUGAGUCGCGCUCUGCUGAUGACAACAUAGCAAAUAUACUGGCGAUGGCUGAGACAGUGCGGGAGGUUCUGCCCCACAUCCCUGAUGAUAUGAUAUUCCAGGACUUGCAACGAACGAAUUCUGUCAGCGUAACUGUGAAUAAUCUUCUCCAGAUGUGAAAUGAAUAAUGUUUUCUUUCGGCGUCUAUUACUCAAAUGGGAUCCUUAUCCCUUGUAUACCAAAUAUUUUGAAGGCUUGGAGCCAUGGAUGAUAUGGGUUUGUUAAAACACCCAGACUGACCUCUUCUCAUCAUGUCUUGUUUUUUUCAAAUAUAUUUAAGCUUCAUUUGCUGUAUAUAGAUGCAUCUUGACAAAGCAUCUGUCCUUUCUAAAGGAGUAAAGGUGUGAAUAGAGUUUUAUGGUGAACAAUAAAGUGGCUAUGCAAUUUCCAUGA